AAGACCACUUUACGACCUACAAGAGUUGCUGUUUUUUUUAUUUCUCCACGCACUAUUUGUUUGCAGUCCCGUGCGGACAAGUACAGUUUAAUGGUCCUGCGCGCGCUCCAGCGGAGGACACUCGGGWCUUGUCCGCCUUUGAUCGUCGGCUCUCUGAGGACGCAGAGCGCAGCGAGGACCCGCUGCGCUGCCUGGAGCCAGUUGCUUCAUGAGCUCAGAGUCGCUCGGAUGUUAUGAACUUUUCSUUUUGGGAGAACUUUUCCUCCAGUUCUACUUCUGGUUCUCCCGACCUUGAAUCGUGAUGUAGCGGAUGGGUUCGGUGAAGAAUCCGGCUCAAACGGGUCAGAUCUGACGGCUUUAUGGAGCUGGGAUUCCACAGCGCGGUGCCAGCCCGUUGAACGCCCCCCACACACGGGCCUGUCGCACACCAUCUGCCCUCUCGGAACCACUCUCCAGCGUGGACUGAUGUCCGUGGAGGCGCUGCGCAAGUUUUGCUGAUGCCGCUUCUGGGAGCUGGAACCAUGGACGAGUCGGCGCGGACCGUCUGCAGACCCGUUUGGCCUCUGGGCUGCCUGCUUCUCGUUUUCGGCUCCCUAUCCGUGGCGUCUCCGUCCCACCACGGCCGGCGGCUGAUCUGCUGGCAGGCCAUCAUGAACUGUCAGGCAGAGCCCGAGUGCGGUUACGCGUACGAGCACUACAGCCGCGCGUGCGGCCCGGUCCUGAGCGGCCAGAAGAAGAGGUGCCCCAGCCACUGCAUCUCCUCGCUCGUGCAGCUCAACCUGACCAAAAACGGCCCGGCCCUGGAGGAGUGCAGCUGCGGCCACGACCCGCUGUGCGUCAGCACCAAGCGCGCCAUCGAGCCGUGCCUGCCCAGGACUACCAGCACGGGCUGCACGGAAGCCCGGCGCCAGUGCGAGCGGGACCGGGAGUGCAGCUUCGCCAUGCAGGACUACCUGCACCACUGUGGCAAACUUUUCAGCGGGGCGGUGUGCACCAACGCCUGUCGGAACGUCAUCGCCAACAUGCGUAAAAUCCCCAAAGCGCAGAAGCUGGACACUUGCGUUUGCGACGGGGCGGAGAGGAACAUCUGCGAGUUCGUGAAGAACUCCAUGAAGACGCUGUGCUACGACGACCCGGAUCUGUACGACGACGGCAGCGCCUCCGAGGACGACGAUUACGGCGGCGACGACGGAGACCCGCCGGAGCUGCCGAGCAGGGCAGUGGGGAGCGGAGCCCCUCUCCCUGCAGCCCGCUGGGCUCCGACRCUGCCGGCAUCCAUCUUGGCUCUGCUGCUCCUCUUUUAACCCACGUCCUUAAACUUUGGCCCGACUSUUGUCUGACUUUAAAGCUCACAGACCUGAAGCCUUUGCAGACUAAAGGUGUGUGUGUGUGUGUGUUUUUCACCCGCAGCCAGGCCUUCUUAUUCAAACAUCUGGAUAUUUCUAUGCAAACAAGAACAGAUGAGAACGAGGCUGCGCUCUUAUCACACCACUUCACAGCUGGAGCUUUCUGCUUAUGAGAUAAGCUAAAACUUUUAAAGUAAUGGACACUCUUUUGGGUUUGUUUGUUUUUUUGUAACAAAUCAGCUUAAAUCCGUGUACUCACUCAGCUGUGCACUGCCAAUACUUUUAUAAAAUGAAAACUAUUUUUCUAUGACGCACAGCRGCCAUCUGGCACCAGAUCAGAUUUUACAAGUAUUUAAUGUUCCAUGAACUUGUAAAUAUGUUAGGAGGUAAAGUGAAACAGUAAUUUAUUACAUGGCUCCUUGUUGCAAAUCCAAAUAGUCAUUGUGUAUAUAAAGAUUCCAGCUUUAAAGGGAAGUUAUUUUGAAGUUAGUGUACAUUCACUGUAAAUAUAGUUUUUUUUUUCCUCCAGAGAAUCUUUUAUGUUUUAGGCUAUGAAAUGAUUUAUUCACGAUGUAAAGUCUAGAUUAAGAAAAUGUCUAAAUCCACUGUAAAACUGCCUUAAUGAUAUCCCUUUUGACAGAAGGCAUAAAGGAAACUUGAAGAUGAAAAUCUGUGACUGUGAGUCGUUUUGUUGAAUCGUGCCACAUGACUUCAUCGACAGUGUUGGAUCAGAUAGAAAGUGGAGUCUUGUCAAACGGUCUUUAAUGAGUCGGAGAUAUUUAUGACACUUUUUAUUUUGUAGCUCAGUCACUUUGAGCUCCAGUAAAACAACAACAACAACAACAACAAAAUGUGGCACUUUUGCUUUAAUAAGCAGGACAGUAAAUCUUGGGACUGGUUAUUACACUGCAAAGCUCUUCAAAAGACCAAGAAAAAAAAAGAAAGUAUUAAGAUUUUAUUAUUUCAUUCCUUUAAGUUGCAUCAGUGUGGAGUCAAGUCGCUUUCUGCGGGAUGACAGUGUUGUAAAUCAGAAUGUUUUUAUUGUCCACGACUUCUCGUCACCAUUAAAAAAAAAGAAGCGAUGAAAGGAACUUUUAUCCAUGUUUUGUUGACAAUUGCUGAGUUAUCCCUCCAGCAGAUUUCCUGUAUUUUAAUGGAAUAAAAUGCUUUUAUUUUGAUGGAAUGCA